AUGGCUGCCCUUGCCAAGUCAAUGUUUGGGGGUCCUGUGAAGAGUACAUCGUGCUGCACAUCUUCUGGAUUCUCUCAGGAGAACGGACCCCCUAGAGGGGAGAUGUUGGGGGGCAACAUUACCAGAAGAUGGAGCUCUGAAGACCAAUAUCACCAAAAUGUCCACGUUCGCACGAAGAGGAGAGACUCAUUUUAUGCCCAGCAGAGGGUGGAGAGAGCGGCCAUGAGAGAACAUUUCCGUACAAAGUAUAACCUGACCAAGAACGUCCCGGAUGUGCAGCAGGUGAAGACGGCUGGAGGCAACCUGAGGGUGUCCAAGGAGGUGCGGGCGAUGGUGCGGCCCCGGGAGCCGGCCCCCGAGAGCUUCUCCAUACACAGGUUUUGGGAUUAUCACACGCAGGGCCACAUUAAGAAGGGCCCGCGGGACUCUACAGGCACAAGCUGUCUCAUCAUGUGA